ACUUGAAUGAUCAAAAUGGUGUACUAGUUGAAAUUAAUGAAGAGGAUGUUGAAGAUGAAGAAGAGCUUGAAUUGGACUCAGAAAGUGAUGAGGAAUGCGAUGAUGUAUAUGAUAGUGAUACUAAUUAGAAUUAGGAUGCGAGGCAACGGUCGCAGGGGAGGUUUGUUGGGUCAUUCACAGUCAAGGCAGUUACCUGUGCAGGAUGAGCCCAAUGAUCAACUAGACCAAUCUACACAGGGUCAGCCUCAGGUUCCUUCACGAUCCACUGGGAGGUCGGCACCAGAUCCAGAGGGGUCUACUGCUUCAACACAGCAUCGAGCUAUACCUCCACCUCCACCGCCACCACCUAUUACCCCAUCUUCUGAGCCUGCAAUUGGAUCAACCUCUGGUCAUGAAGGUCAUUCAGUUGGGGCAGCACCAAUAUCAUCGAUGGAUGGCCUAUCACUCACUACAUUUGGAAGAAAGAAAAGAAUAAAGCUCAUUAAUGGCACGUUACAUCCAUCUGAGGAAUGUGCUAAGAAGAUGAAGAAUAUCUUCAAGGAGAGGAUGGACCCAGAGGGGCACUGUUGGAAAACUAUCACGCCUGAAACAAAAGAGUUUUACUGGGAUGAAUUUCAAAAAUACUUUGAUUGGCAAGAGGUGACUCCACUAGUAAAGGAAGCUUGGAGGCGUAAGGCUGCAGAGCGCUAUAAGGCCCUAAUGUGCAAUGUCAGGAAAGGAAAAUCCAAGGUCAUCGUGCCUAAUAGUACAAUGCAAAAAUGGAAGGAGGCAUGGAGUAGCCCAGAGUUUAAAGCCAAGAGCCAUCAAUUCACUGCUAACCGUUGUAGUGAGAUAGGGGGAGUUGGGGCAGGCAUCUCUAGACACACAGGGGGUUCAGUUUCACAUGCUACUCACGCAGAUAGAAUGGUAAUGAUUUCAUAUUUACUAUAGGAUGGUAAUGAUUUCAUAUUUACUAGUUUUGUUAUUGUCUGUCUACAUAUUAGUAGCAAAUAAUCGAACAUUAU